AUGGUUUUCUUCCCGCUUACACACCAGAUACCAAUUCCCAACAAAGAUAUCAUAUCUUGGAUAUUCGAUGAUCCUAAAUACUACCAAGAUGAACCUGUGAGUUUUCCUCUCCGAAUUUCAAAAAGGAAAAAUUUCCUUGAUAUAAAGAGUUUUCUCGGGGCUAAUUCCAACAUAGAUGUACAUCGACGCCCAAACCCCCUCCCAUUCUAUCUCCCUAUCCCAAGCACGGAUCCUCGUCAAAAAACUCAUAGCAGGUUUCCAUUCAGCAGGUCUCCAAAAGGGAGAUUGCGUCUGUAUCCAUUCCUUCAACGACGUACGUCCAUCCUCCCCCCUCCCCUCACAUCUCCUAAUCCCUCGUACGUACUUAGAUACACUACCCCAUCCUCGUCCUAGGAAUUAUCGCCGCAGGCGGUGUCUUCACGGGAACAAACCCUUCCUACACGCCGUUUGAGUUAACGCACCAUAUUCAAACUGCGGAUGUCAGGUUUGUUGUUACGCAACCGGAGAUGGUGGGGAGUGUCUUGGAGGUGGCGGGGACGUGUAAGAUUGGGAAGGAGAGGAUUUGGGUUUUUGAUGUUUUGGGGGAGGAGGUGCCGGAUGGAUUGAGGUCUUGGAGGUCUUUGUUGGGGGUUGGGGAGAGGGGGUGGGAGGGGUUUGAUGACGAGGUGAUGGCGGGGGAUGUGGUUGCUGCUAGGUUGUUCAGUAUGUUGUUUUUGAUUCUGUUGAUUUUCUUCUUCGAAUACUUAUGAGGGUUUCCGGAUUUGAGGAAGGAGAGGAAUUUGAACUCACAUUUUAUAGGUUCGGGAACGACGGGCUUCCCGAAGGCGGUGGAUAUAAGUCACAGAAAUCUCGUUGCGCAACAUGUUCUCACACAGGAAAUCAACAAGAAACCAUGGAAGGUAGAUCCAUUUAUCCUAUUUUGAAGCCAGGGAACUAAUCAAUCAUUUCAGCAAAUCCGUCUCUUCUGUCUCCCAAUGUUCCACGUCGCAGCAGUACCAAGUCCGGUUCCUCCCUCCCUUUGAAUCCCACAAGCUAAUGUUGAUGUCUCUGACAAGUCAUUCAUACAUCUGUCCUCAAAGCUGGAGCACCGGCAGUCAUCAUGCUACGGUUCGAUUUAGCGCAGUAUCUGGAGGCGACUGAUAGAUUUGCUAUUACCGAAUGGUAUAUGGUUCCUCCGAUGGUCAUUGCUAUCGUAAUGAGUCCGCUUGCCAAGAAUUACUCGCUUAGGUCGGUGAGGAAUGUGUCGAUUGGUGCUGCGCCGUUGAGUAGGGAGUCUCAGAGGGCUUUGAAGGGUUUGUUGGAUGAGAGGGCUAUUGUGACGCAGUAAGUGAUGGAUUUUUCGAUUCGGAAUGAAGAGGGGUAGACGAUGUGUUGUGACUUUUUCUGUCACUUGGUGUUGUAUGGGACAGCUGGUACUGUAGAAGGGAGAGGCUGAUUUGGAGAGUGUUUAGGGUAUGGGGAAUGACUGAGUUAACUUGUCUCGCUACAAUGUUCUAGUACCCUGAAAACGACGAUACAGAGAGCAUCGGUCGCAUCAUACCAAAUACCGAAGCAAAGUAAGUCACAUCCUCCCUUUCCCCAAAGAAUCCAUAUCUAACAGACCACAAACUCAUCGACGAUAACGGAAACGAAAUUACAACCUACGACACACCCGGAGAACGUAAGCCGCCCUCCCUCUUUACCACCACCCCUAACCAAGCACCAGUCUACAUCCGCGGCCCAACCGUAAUAAAAUCCUACUACAAAAACGCCCACGCCACCUCCCAAACCCUCACUCCCACCUCCUCCCUCGCAACCGGCGACAUAGUCUACUGCUCCUCCACCUCCCAAGAAUGGUACCACAUCGACCGAAAAAAGGAGCUCAUCAAAGUCCGCGGUUUCCAAGUCGCACCACCCGAAAUCGAAAGUGUGCUGCUUUCCCACCCAGGGAUUUUAGAUGCGGCGGUUAUCGGCGUGAAGAUUCGGGGUGAGGAGUGUCCGAGGGCGUAUGUUGUGAGACGGCCUGGUAGGCAGUGGGAGGCGCUUGGGGAAAAGGAGGUGAGGAGGUGGUGUGAGGUGCGGUUGGCGAGGUGUAAGAGGUUGAGCGGUGGCGUGAGGUUUUUGGGUGCUGUGCCGAGGAAUGCUAGUGGGAAGAUUUUGA